AGCAACCUGCCCGCGUGUCGAAGCGAGGCGCCGGUACGCCGGACAAAACUUUUGCAACUUUUCAGCGAACUCAUUGUCGGUUGUGCUUUUUGGCGGACUGUUUUGUGUCUCUGAUAAUUAGAAAAAGUUGAUGAAUUUUAUUUUGUUUGUGAACAGUGGCUAAUGGAUGUGAUUGCGGUUACAAUGGGAUACAGAAGAAGAAUAAGUUGAAGAACUAUGAGAUCUCAGACAUGAUGACUGGAAGACGGGGACCCUUCAGGAGUUUUGCCAUCAGCCUCAUACAGAUCAUCACCAUUAUAUGUCAAGUGUUGACGGAGGAGCCGAGGUUCGCCGAGCCUAUCCCGAAUGUAACGGUGGCCCUGGGGCGGGAUGCCAGCCUGCCUUGCGUGGUGGAGCACCUGGGGACGUACAAGGUGGCAUGGAUCCACAUCGACCGGCAGAUGAUCCUCACAAUCCACCGGCACGUCAUCACAAGGUUGGCUCGCUUCAGCGUCUCCCACGACAACGCCAUGACGUGGCUGCUUCACGUGAGCCAGGUGCAGCAGGAGGACCGCGGGUACUACAUGUGCCAGGUCAACACCAACCCCAUGAUCAGCCAGGUCGGGUACCUGCAGGUUGUUGUUCCACCCAACAUACUUGAUGAGGAGAGCACCCAAUCAGCAGUGGCUGUGAGAGAGAAUCAGAACAUUAGUUUGGUGUGCAAAGCUGACGGGUUUCCGACGCCGAAGAUAAUGUGGCGACGUGAAGAUGGACAGGCUAUUUCGGUGGAGAGGAGAAAAAAAGUGACUGUGUACGAAGGAGAUACAUUAUCGCUGCAACGUAUAAGCCGGACAGAGAUGGGCGCAUACCUGUGUAUAGCGACAAACGCCGUGCCGCCUUCCGUGUCCAAAAGAAUAAUUGUUGAUGUUGAAUUUUCUCCAAUGAUCUGGGUGCCCAACCAGCUGGUGGGUGCUCCAUCGGGCACUGACGUCACCGUGGACUGCCACACCGAGGCUCAUCCUAGGGCUAUCUCCUACUGGGUCUACGAUAAUGUGAUGGUGCUGCCCACCAAGAAGUAUGCGAUCAACACUGAUGAAAAUAGUUACAGGGCUCAUAUGAAGCUAACAGUUCGGAACUUACAAAGCGGUGAUUUCGGAAACUACCGAUGCAUCUCGAAGAACUCCCUCGGGGAAACUGAGGGCUCGAUCCGGCUUUAUGAGAUCCCAAUGCCGUCGACGUCGCCUAAAGCAACAGAGAUGAAGAGCACCGCGAACAAAGAGACGGUUGCAGGCGGGCGCCGCGCGAACGUAACUCUUGGCGCGGGGUCGGCGCGCGGGUCUCUCGGUGCCGGCGCCGCACCGACCGAGCGGCCCAGUGUGGUGCGCGCUCAGCUCGACCGAGCACCUGACACACCCGCCGUGUACCGCGCCCACCCUCACCUACACUCAGGUACAAAAGAUCUGCAUUGUUGGCGACAGUCAUUCCUAGCUCUAAUUGUUCUGGUGCAGAUAGACUUCUUAUCUGAUAUAUUUAUUUGUUACUAAUUGUUUAUUUUACACUCAUAAUAAUAAUAAUAUGUUUUGUUUGUUAUUUAAUUAUUUGAGUCCUUCGGAUUAUAUAAUAGUUAUUUAUGCAACUGUUGUAUAAUAAAGGGUAUUAAAACACGAAGGUGGGUUGAUAAUAGUAUCACAUGUGUGUUUUAAUACCUAAUUAUGAACAGUUGCAUACAAGACUUUAUCUACACCCAUAAUAAUAUGAAUCCUAACCAUUAGAUCAUCCAAAAAAUUGUUGUAACGGAAUUCAGUACAACAUUACGUACAACACUUGUUUGGAUGUUGUAAUCGUUACAAGGACAUUGGGUGUUUUAAUGUUGGCAAUAAGCAAACUGUUUUAGAAUAUUUAAUAGAGGAUUUAAAGCAUGGGUGUAGAUAACUAUAUUUUACUAAAUUGUGAGAGCUAUCACUUCUCGUCUGAUAUCCAAAAUAACAUAUCAUAAACUUUUAUAACUGUCCUUAAUAUUAUAGAGAUUUACAAUGAUUUGAGUGAGGGUUUUAUCACCAGUUUCUGGACCUGUUAUUUAUAUGUGUUGUAAUAAAAACUUUCAACGUUUUCUUAUGAAUCAGGUUCUCUGUAUAUUAUAUUGGUAAAAGUACCAUGUUAUUGAGAUUAUUUGAAGGGAAGACGUGUCAUAGAUAGGUUAAUAUUUAUAUGUUUUUAAACUUUUAUCAUCGCGACUUUAAUAUUGUAAUAAUUAUUAUGACGGGUACUGUCGAUAUAUACCUAUAUAUAGAUUGAUGUACUAUUAGUCUCAAAUUACAAUGUGUCAAGAGUUUCUCGCCGCCAUCGCAGUUCCAACGCGACCACGAUUCAUGCAAUUGGAUGGAUAUAUCAGCAACAAGUUAAUAAAAUAUAUAUAGUGAGUACUCCUCUUAAUAAUUACUAAGUUAAUAUUUAGUUCAAAGGGCUCCUGUCAUGAGUGUUUAUUAGUUUUUUAUUUCUUUGUGUAUUAUGAUUUUAUAAAAAAAACUAUCAUUAUAUCUCUAAAAAUAAACAGAUGAGGUAGUUUACUCACCCUUUUUAACAUUAACUUUAUGUUUGUUAACGAAUGAAAAAUAUACCAAAAUUGCAUAUUAUUAGGUAAGUAUAGUUUAAUUAAAUUCGUUGUGAUGCCUUGCUACGCAUAAUGACAUAAUUCCAUUUAGAUAAUGAAUGUGCCAAAUCAUUAUAUAUGUAUAUAUGUCGUAGGUAUAUUGUCAAAGCCGUGAUAUUAUAAUUUCACUAUUGAUAUUAUAAUCACUAACCGGUAGAUAGUCAAUCGACUUCAAUUUUAGGGUUCCGUAGCCAAAUGGCAAAAAACGGAACCCUUAUAGAUUCAUCAUGUCUGUCUGUCUGUCCGUAUAUGACACAGCCACUUUUUAUCAAAACUAUAAGAACUAAACUGUUGAAAUUUUGUGAGUAGAUGUAUUGUGUGAAUCGCAUUAACAUUAGAAAAAAAAAACAAUAAAUUUUGGGGGUUAUACUUAGAAAUGAAACUCAAAUUUUUUUUUUCAUCAAACCCAUACCUGUGAUCACUAUGAUAUUGAUGUUUUUAAUAUAUUUUUUUUUCUAAACUGAAGUGUUUGCGCGAUAUCUAGUAAGAUUUUUUUAAUAGAUACGUAUAAAUAAUGACAGCUCAUUUGUACUUCAUGAUUUUGAGCAAAGAUUUUUGCCCAAAAUCAUUUAAAUAAUUUACUUGCUGCUAUGGAACCCUUCAUGGGCGAGUCCGACACUUGGCCACUUUUGUGAUAUUAUAAUAUCACUAAAACCAGGCCAUUUAAUUGUAAGAAAUGAACUCAAUUGACAAUCUUCUGGUAAAUUAUAAUAUCACUAGUGAAAUUGUUAUAUCAAGGCUUAGACAAUAUACCUACGACAAAUAUAUUAUAUCCUCUUAGUUAUACGCGAACAUUUAUAUCAAGCUUCAAUCUAUUAAUGAAAAGAGACAAUCAAAGCAAGACGUACAUAUUCUAUUGAAAGAGCUUAUAUUAUUGAUAGUAAUUUUUUAUUUCUAACAUAAGUUUAACUUUUUGGGAGUAAAAUUACUUAUAAUUAAUCGUUACUUAUCAUAAAUAGUAUUGAAAUACAGUCAAAAUAAAGUUCUUUCUUAAAGUCUUAAUUUUUAAAUUGGAAGCUUACAAAAACCUUCUUACAAACCACGGACUAGUUAACAAAAUAAGGCCUCCAUGUCACCUUAUAUAACAGUGUUGCACCAAAACAAGCCGAUUAACGUGUAAAUACAUAGCCCCACGCACACACUUACACUACUACAGGCCGAUAGGCGACCAUUAUGAGAAUUUCAUCGUCUGUGACAGAUCAGUUUGCGUCUCAAGAAAAUAUUUAAAAAAAGCCGUUGUGCGUUGUGAAGAAAUGUAAAAACGAUACUUUAUAAGUAUUUGUGGCCAUAUAUGAUUAUUUAGUGAGAAAAAAUUGUGUAACUAGUAUCCCCCGUAACCGCACACACUAGCAUAUCGGUGCUUCACUUGCUAAAAUCACGGCGCGGAGUCCUUCUUUUUUUACUCGUCCGUGUUACAAUCAUUAAAAUACAGUAAAUCAUUUUUUAUUUAAUAAUUAUUUAAGUAAAUUAAUGCUAUCAAAGCUUGCCCUUCACGCUUAUACUAUUGUAAAUAAUAUUAAAUGCACAUAACAUUGUCUUAAUCUAUUGAAUAUUAAAAAUAAUCAUAUCAGUAUAAUUCGGUCAACUUAUUUAUAAAACAUAGACGAUGUAAUAUUUUAUGAGUGUAUAAAAUGUCAUUAUUUAGGAAUAAUAUUUAUAAUUAGCAU